CAAAGCCAAAAAGAACUUGGUAUUUUUGUAUUGAUUUAUAGAGAUUUAAGAGCUAUAGAUGUGUGUGUGAUCUUCAAUGGGUCUAUGCUCAGCUCAAUUGGCUGUAACAUGUUUGUUCAUAGUACCUUGUGUUUUAUCUCAAGUUACAGAGUUUGUAAGUAUAGAUUGUGGUGGCUCAAGUAACUACACAGACCCAAGAACUGGACUAGGAUGGGUUUCAGAUUCAGAGAUCAUCAAACAGGGAAAGCCAGUAACUUUGGCCAGUACCAAUUGGAACUCGAUGCAAUACCGUAGGAGAAGAGAUUUUCCAACGGAUAACAAGAAAUAUUGUUACAGACUUAGUACCAAAGAGAGAAGGCGAUACAUUGUCAGAACUACAUUUCUCUAUGGUGGUUUGGGUAGUGAGGAAGCCUACCCAAAGUUUCAACUUUACUUAGAUGCAACUAAAUGGGCUACAGUGACGAUUCAGGAGGUCUCCAGGGUUUAUGUUGAGGAAUUGAUCGUAAGAGCAACUUCAAGUUAUGUGGAUGUUUGUGUAUGCUGUGCUAUCACCGGUUCUCCUUUCAUGUCCACUCUUGAGCUUCGCCCGUUGAACCUUUCCAUGUAUGCCACUGAUUACGAGGAUAAUUUCUUCUUGAAGGUUGCUGCCAGAGUGAAUUUUGGUGCUCCAAACAUGGAUGCCUUGAGGUACCCAGAUGAUCCAUAUGACAGAAUCUGGGAGUCAGAUAUUAAUAAACGGCCAAACUAUCUUGUUGGUGUGGCUCCUGGAACGACAAGAAUCAAUACAACAAAGAAUAUAAAUACGCUGACUAGAGAGUAUCCGCCUAUGAAAGUCAUGCAAACAGCAGUAGUUGGCACACAAGGACUGAUCAGCUAUAGAUUAAACCUGGAAGACUUCCCUGCCAAUGCUCGUGCAUAUGCUUACUUUGCUGAAAUUGAAGACCUUGGUGCUAAUGAGACCCGGAAAUUUAAGUUGGUGCAGCCAUACUUUCCUGACUAUAGUAAUGCAGUGGUGAAUAUUGCUGAGAAUGCCAAUGGGAGCUAUACUCUCUAUGAACCUAGCUAUAUGAAUGUGACUUUGGAUUUUGUUUUGACGUUCUCAUUUGGGAAGACAAAGGAUUCUACACGAGGGCCACUCCUAAAUGCAAUUGAAAUAAGCAAGUAUCUACCAAUAUCCGUGAAAACUGAUAGGAGUGACGUGUCUGUUCUUGAUGCAAUUCGUUCGAUGUCCCCUGAUAGCGAUUGGGCCAAUGAAGGAGGAGACCCUUGUAUCCCAGUUCUUUGGUCGUGGGUAAACUGUAGCCCAACCUCACCACCCAGAGUCACGAAAAUUGUUCUAUCAAGAAAAAAUCUGAGGGGUGAGAUUCCGCCUGGGGUCAAUUAUAUGGAGGCGUUGACAGAGUUGUGGCUUGACGGUAAUGUUUUGACUGGAAUCCUUCCAGACAUGAGCAAACUUGUCAACCUGAAAAUCAUGCAUCUAGAAAACAACCAACUUAGUGGUUCACUCCCACCAUACCUUGCUCAUCUGCCUAACCUACAAGAACUGUCUAUAGAAAAUAACUCUUUUAGAGGAAAAAUUCCUUCAGCACUAUUAAAGGGGAAAGUUUUGUUCAAAUAUAAUAAUAAUUCUGGGCUUCAGAACGAGGCACAGCAAAAGCACUUUUGGCUGAUACUGGGGAUAUCAAUAGCCGCUGUUGCACUUUUAUUGCUACUAGUUGGAGGAAGUCUUGUUUUACUUUGUGCCCUUCGUAAGACCAAAAGAGCUGAUAAAGGUGAUUCCGCGGGGACUAAGAAAAAAGGUUUAGUAGCUUACUCAGCUGUGCGGGGCGGACACUUAUUAGAUGAAGGUGUAGCAUAUUUCAUAUCACUUCCUGUGCUCGAAGAAGCCACCGAUAAUUUUUCCAAGAGAGUUGGAAGAGGAAGUUUUGGGUCUGUCUACUAUGGUAGGAUGAAAGAUGGGAAAGAAGUUGCAGUUAAGAUAACUGCAGAUCCUUCUAGCCAUUUGAACAGACAAUUUGUGACUGAGGUUGCUCUAUUAUCAAGAAUUCACCACAGGAACUUGGUUCCUUUGAUUGGAUAUUGUGAAGAAGCAGAUCGGCGUAUAUUGGUUUACGAAUAUAUGCACAAUGGAUCCUUGGGAGAUCACUUACACGGUUCAAGCGACUACAAGCCAUUAGACUGGCCAACUCGGCUACAAAUUGCACAAGACGCUGCUAAAGGUCUUGAAUACUUGCAUACUGGUUGCAAUCCUAGUAUCAUCCAUAGGGAUGUGAAAUCAAGCAAUAUUCUCCUGGACAUUAACAUGAGAGCCAAAGUGUCUGACUUUGGACUCUCGAGGCAGACAGAGGAAGACUUAACUCACGUAUCCAGUGUCGCAAAAGGAACCGUUGGAUACCUUGAUCCAGAGUAUUAUGCUAGUCAGCAGCUGACUGAGAAGAGCGAUGUCUACAGUUUUGGCGUUGUUCUUUUUGAAUUACUCUCUGGAAAGAAACCAGUUUCAGCGGAAGAUUUUGGUCCUGAACUGAAUAUAGUUCACUGGGCAAGAUCGUUGAUCCGUAAAGGAGAUGUGUGUGGGAUCAUAGAUCCAUGUAUAGCAAGCAACGUGAAGAUCGAGUCAAUCUGGAGAGUAGCAGAGGUCGCAAACCAAUGUGUUGAGCAGCGUGGGCAUAGCAGGCCAAGAAUGCAGGAAGUGAUAGUGGCAAUACAAGACGCAAUCAGGAUCGAGAGAGGAAACGAAAAUGAGCUAAAGUCAUCGAGUUCAAGCAGCUCAAAGGCACAAUCAUCUCGUAAAACCUUACUCACUAGCUUCCUCGAGAUUGAGAGCCCUGACAUCUCAAGAAGCAGCCUAGCUCCAGCUGCUAGCCUCCUCAGAUCUUUCUACAUCUACUUCCUCCGACCCGCCAAAAACCUCCGCCGUUACGGAUCAUGGGCAAUCAUCACCGGACCAACCGAUGGAAUCGGUAAAGCUUUCGCUUUUCAAUUAGCCCAGAAAGGUCUUAACCUUAUACUCGUUGCUCGUAAUCCAGACAAGCUUAAAGAUGUCUCUGAAUCCAUCAGAUCUAAGUAUAGUCAAAUUCAGAUCUUGACUGUUGUGAUGGAUUUCUCUGGAGAUAUUGAUGAAGGUGUGAAACGGAUUAAGGAGACUAUUGAGGGUUUAGAUGUUGGGAUUUUGAUUAAUAAUGCUGGCAUGUCUUAUCCUUAUGCUAAGUAUUUUCAUGAGGUUGAUGAAGAGUUGCUUAAUAACUUGAUUAAGAUCAAUGUUGAAGGAACUACUAAAGUUACUCAGGCUGUGUUGCCUAAUAUGCUUCAGAGGAAGAGAGGUGCUAUUAUUAAUAUGGGUUCUGGUGCUGCUGCUCUUAUUCCUUCGUAUCCUUUCUACUCUGUUUAUGCUGGUGCUAAAACGUACGUGGAUCAGUUCACCAAGUGUCUACAUGUUGAGUACAAGAAGAGUGGGAUUGAUGUUCAAUGCCAGGUUCCCUUGUAUGUUGCAACAAAGAUGACAAAGAUAAGAAGAGCAUCCUUCUUAGUUGCAUCACCAGAGGGUUACGCAAAGGCAGCACUGCGUUUUGUAGGCUAUGAAGCACAAUGCACACCGUACUGGCCUCACGCUCUCAUGGGUGCAGUUGUCUCUGCAUUGCCCGAAAGCGUUUUUGAAUCAUUUAACAUUAAGAGGUGCCUCCAGAUACGGAAGAAGGGUCUCCAAAAAGACUCCAUGAAGAAAGAAUGAAACUUUGAGCUUUAAGUUACUUCAAAUUUUAAUUUCGUCUUCUCCCAUUGUUCCUUUCUUGAAAGCUUUAUAUAUGUUCUCUAUCUUUACUUUGUAAGACUUGUAAGCUUUAGUUUACGUUAUUCCCAAGAAUGUUUCUUUAUUUUAAGAUUAUAAACCCUAUCAUACAAG